UCCGACACAAAUUUCCCUCACCUAUUUGCCUAUUUCCCUCCCCCUCCUUUGAGUCGAAGGUGCCAUAUCCAUGCGGAGAGAGCUCUCUUGUUGUGAUCGAAUAGCUUUUGUCGACAAGCUUCACUCUCAUCCCAUUCCUAGAUUCCAAUAUCUGCUCUUUCAAUCUCUUUACACCUUAAAUUACACUGUACUACCCAAUUCAAAGGUUUGUACUUUACUCUGAAUUUAUAUCUACACGACAAGUAUCUCAGUCACUGCCAAGGGUGCUUCCUUAGAUCGCGAGGGAGACUCGUUUAAUUGCUUUCUCGAUCCAAUUCGACCGAUGGGUCUGUUUAUGAUUUCUGGUUAUUUCGAUUUUUUGAUUUAUUAGAGAAAAACUAAAACUCCAACUCAAUAGUUCCGUGAUCCAAUCCGAGUGAUGGGUGGUUUUGAAGCGAGACUCGUUUCAUUCCUUUCUUGAUCCAAUUUGAGUGAUGGGUUGGUUUUGAUUCUGAUUCUGAUUCUGAUUAUUGGGUUUGUUUCGAGAAAAACUCCAGCUAAAUCAUUCCAUGAUCGAAUCCGAGUGAUGGGUGGUUUUGAAUUGGUUCUCCGGCGGUGAAUUGUGGAAGGAAGCGGCGGAAGAUGCGGCGGCGGGCGGCCGAUUACCGGCGCCCGGUUCGGAGGAGGUAUUCAUGUUGGAUCUGGGGGCUUCUUGUGAUUAUCGCAGUUGCUGGAUUUCUUUUGUUUGUUGUUCAUCACUACCAUCGCCAUGAAGAUCGGGUCGAACAGCCAAUACUGGAUAAAGAUGCAAGAUAUGAACAGGUUACCACCCGUGAGCAUCUAAAUUUUACCGAAGAAAUCCAAAGUGCUAAUUCAUAUGCUAGGCAAUUAGCCGAACAGAUGACACUUGCCAAAGCUUAUGUCAUUAUUGCAAAAGAGCACAAUAACCUUCGUCUUGCAUGGGAGCUCAGUGAGAAGAUCCGAAGUUGCCAAUUUUUGCUAUCAAAGGCUGCCAUGGCAGAGGAGCCCGUCAAUCAAGAUGAAGCAAAACCCAUCAUUAAAGGCCUAUCGUCACUAAUUUUUAAGGCCCAAGAUGCCCAUUACGACAUUGCAACCACGCUGAUGACAUUGAAGUCCCAUAUUCAAGCCCUUGAAGAGCGUGCAAGCGCGGCAACAGUUCAAAGUGAGGUGUUUGGACAAUUAGCUGCCGAAGCAUUACCUAAGAAUCUCCUUUGCCUAAAUGUCAAACUCAUGGCCGAUUGGCUUAAGAAGAAGUCCCUACAAGAUCUUGCGGAUGAGAAGCGAAACUCUCCCCGUCUUGUUGACAACAAUCUCUACCAUUUCUGCAUAUUUUCAGACAAUUUGUUGGCUGUUUCGGUUGUUAUUAACUCAACUGUCUGCAAUGCUGAUCAUCCAAAGCAGCUGAUUUUCCAUGUUGUGACAAAUGGAGUGAACUAUGGGGCAAUGCAGGCUUGGUUCCUCAGCAACGACUUUAAAGGGUCGACAAUAGAAGUGCAGAACAUUGAAGAAUUCAAUUGGUUGAAUGCUUCUUACUCUCCUAUUUCAAAACUACUGCUUGAAACAGAUUUGCGAGCGUAUUAUUUUGAAGGGUAUGAAGAUAUGAAAAUGGAACCAAAGCUCCGAAAUCCAAAGCAUGUAUCUUUGUUGAACCACCUUCGAUUCUACAUCCCAGAGGUCUAUCCCCAGCUUGAGAAAGUAGUUUUUCUUGACGAUGAUGUUGUUGUACAGAAAGAACUAACCCAUCUCUUUUCAUUGGAUUUGCACGGAAAUGUGAACGGAGCGGUUGAAACUUGUCUUGAAGCGUUUCAUCGCUACUACAAGUAUCUCAACUUCUCGGAUCCAAUCAUUAGCUCGAAGUUUGACCCACAGGCUUGUGCUUGGGCGUUUGGCAUGAACGUUUUCGAUUUGAUUGCGUGGAGGAAAGCAAACGUGACUGCUCGAUAUCAUUACUGGCAGCAGCGAAAUGCAGAUAGAACACUCUGGAAGCUGGGCACACUUCCACCAGGCCUUUUAGCAUUCUAUGGACUGACAGAGCCACUUGAUCGGAGAUGGCAUGUGUUAGGAUUGGGUUACGAUCCCAACAUUGAUAACCGUCUGAUUGAGAGUGCGGCUGUAAUUCACUUCAACGGAAACAUGAAACCGUGGCUGAAAUUGGCUAUUAGCAAGUAUAAGCCUCUAUGGGAACGGUAUGUAAAUCAGAGCCACCCUUAUCUCCAAGAUUGUGUCACGAGUUGAAACGUUCACUCUCAAUUACGGGUAAAUUUUAUGCAUUUUGAAUACGUUCAACUCUCCAAAACUGUAACCACGUUAUUGUAGUGUCAGAUGCAGAAAAUUUUGGCCUCGUUAGGAGAUUUUUUCUAUCUUUUUUUCUAUAUAAAUUUUUUUUUUUCGUUUUCAUUUUGAUAUUUUGAAAAGAUUCUCUUAGGGUAGAAAGAAAAUUUGUAUGAGGUGAAGGGGCUUGCGGUGAUUGAUUUUUUACACAGCUUUAGAAUUGUUUGUUCUGUAGCAAUUUUGUAAUAAUCUCUCAGCUCUUCUAAAUUAUAUAAAGUAGUUGAAUUGAACACAAA